AUAAACUAUCCAGUUUUGACAAUUUUUAGCAAUACCACAAAUUUGUUAGUUUAUUAUACACGUUUUUGUAUUUAAAACGGCUUUUUUCACAUUAUAUAUGCUCGUUUUUCGUUUAUAUUAUGGGGUGAGUUUUAAGCCAACGCGACAUAAACGAGCACUUCGAAAUUGCGUAAACAGAUUCACUUUCUUUGCGUUGAUUUAGGUUAUGUUGAUUCUUGAAUGGAAAAAUUGUGAAGUGUCCAAGUGAAAAUUAGCGCGAAAUUAAACGAUAAACUUUAAAACACGAUCGAGGCUUUCAGUAGGAGAAAAUGGGCAUCGAAAGAGAGUCGUUCGUCGGCAACCCCCACAGACAGGAUUACAUCGACGAAGACGACGAUUUGGAGUUCUUCUCCGGCGACGAGAUAGACUUUACGGCCUUUGGAUUGCAGCCCGGCGAUCCGGAUCUCCUAUUAGAUGAAACCUACGACGUCGUAACGGAGGACGACGAAGAUUACGAACCGGACGGCUACGAGGACUUUCUCUCUGAUUCCGAAUACGAGUAUGGAGACGACGAGACCGGUUCCGAAGAAUCCGGAGUCGAGCAAGCGUAUUUUUCCGAUUCGGAACAGGAGAUGCCUCUGCCGGAAAGCGAGGAGAGCGAUGUACAAAACAAAGUCUCGUCCACUACCACGAGUAGUGAGAGCAAAACAAACGGUGACAGUAAAACUAACGAUACCGGCGGAUUAGAAUCUAAUCAGGCCGCCGAAACUUAAAACCAUCCGUUAAAUUCAAAUGAACUUUUUCUUUUCAUUCUGAAUUAUACAUUUGUAAUAAAGCUGAGUUAGUUCCGUUUUAAUCAAGUUUUGAACAUUAUUUAAUUAUUCUAGUUUGGUUACUAUUAUUAUUAUAAAUGUUUUCUUAAUAAGUUUCAGUUGUAUUGAAAUACGUGCAAGCGUUUAGCAAAGGAAACGCUUUUUAUGUAGCUAUAAAAUGUUAUCAGUAAA